AUGCAGCUUCAGUCUGCUUUUGCCUCAGACCUUCAGCUGCCCACACCCACAUCCCCCUCCAACAGGUCUGGCCCUCUCAGGGACUCUGAGAAUGGAGCUGAACCAGGCCCCUCAGUCCGCACCGGGGCCAAAGUCUGCCACUACCGCAUCUCCACGGUGGCUGACGGCAGCCUAUACCUGCAGAAGGGCCGGCUCUUCCCCAGCCUGGAGGAGCUGCUCGACUAUUACAAGGCAAACUGGAAGCUGAUCCGAAACCCACUGCUGCAGCCCUGCACACCCCAGAAGCCCCUGGGGCAGGACCAGUGGGAACGGCCACGCUCCGAGUUUGCCCUUCACAGGAAGCUGGGUGAAGGCUACUUCGGGGAGGUGUGGGAAGGCCUGUGGCUGGGCUCCGUGCCUGUGGCAGUCAAGGUCAUCAAAUCAGCCGACAUGAAGCUCGCCGACCUCGCUAAGGAGAUCCAGACGCUGAAGAGCCUGCAGCACCAGCGGCUCAUCCGGCUGCACGCGGUGUGCUCAGCAGGGGAGCCUGUGUACAUCGUCACGGAGCUCAUGAGCAAGGGCAGCCUGCAGGCCUACCUGGGCAGCCCUGCGGGCCAGGCCCUGAGCCUGCCUCUGCUGCUGAGCUUUGCCUGCCAGGUGGCUGAGGGCAUGGGCUACCUGGAGCAGCGGUGCAUUGUGCACCGGGACCUGGCUGCCAGGAACGUGCUCGUGGGUGACAACCUCGCCUGCAAGGUGGCCGACUUUGGCCUGGCCAGGCUGCUCAAGGACGACAUCUACUCCCCGAGCAGCGGCUCCAAGAUCCCUGUCAAGUGGACGGCGCCCGAAGCGGCCAAUUACCACAUCUUCUCUCAGAAGUCAGAUGCCUGGUCCUUCGGUGUGCUGCUCUAUGAGGUCUUCACCUAUGGCCAGUGUCCCUACGAAGGAAUGACCAACCACGAGACACUGCAGCAGAUCGCUCGAGGGUACCGACUGCCACGCCCGGCUGCCUGCCCUGCGGAGGUCUAUGUGCUCAUGCUGGAGUGCUGGAAGGGCAGCCCUGAGGAGCGGCCCACCUUUGCCAUGCUGCAGGAGAGGCUGGGUGCCGUGCACAGGCGCCUCCACCUCAGCCUCAUGUGA